AUGUUCUAUUCCGAGACCCUCCUGUCCAAGACAGGGCCGUUGGCUCGUGUCUGGCUAUCGGCCAACAUCGAGCGCAAAUUGUCCAAAUCGCAUAUUCUCCAAUCCGAUAUUGAAAGCAGCGUCAGCGCGAUUGUCGACCAAGGCCAGGCACCUAUGGCACUGCGACUAAGCGGUCAGCUGCUAUUGGGUGUUGUACGUAUCUACAGUCGCAAGGCGCGUUACCUACUCGAUGAUUGCAAUGAAGCAUUGAUGAAGAUCAAAAUGGUAUGUCGUCAGAGGUUGAUUGGCUUUGGCUUUUUUGCAUAUAUUCCUAACGAAGCAUCUCUUCAGGCUUUUCGUCUCACAAAUAACAAUGACUUGACAUCCACCGUGGUUGCACCGGGGGGUAUCACACUCCCUGAUGUGUUGACUGAGUCCGACCUUUUCAGUAAUCUAGAUGCAUCUCUGUUAUUCCCGCAAAAUUUGAAUUUGGAGCCUGAGGGCAAACACCCCGGCUCAAUGGAUUUUGGAAGCCAGCUCUUGUCUGAUAGCAGCUUCCGUCGCUCGGUUUCCCAGGAACCCGCUCGUCUCCAGGAUGCCUCCUUGAUUGAUCUCGAUAUCGGUGAUGACACUUCAAUGGAAAUUGGUCGUGAUGCCCCUCCCGCUCGUCCCGUUGAAUUGGACUUGUACAGCCCUGAGUCCGGAAAACUUAAUGAUAUUGACGACUUGGGCUUGGACUUCGGAGAUGAUGGUGUUCCUCUCGAUAAGCUUGAUGACAGCGCGCAAGACAACGAAAAUGUUAACGAUCUUCUUGAUGACGGCGUGCUGGAUCUUGGUGGCGAUGAUGAUUUUGGUGGUAUGACCCCUCGCGCUGGAGAGAGCCGUUUCAAUCGCGACACCGAGAGCCCUCUUUCCGACGCCGGGUCCGUUCAGAUGCACGAACUGGAAGAGGAAUUCAAUCGUGAAGAUUCUGCUGACGCUGGUACUCAUGCUGUCCAGCAUAACCAGCGAGCUAAGCGUCAAAAGGUCCAACCGCUCAUUGAAAGCGAUGCUGAACCUCAGUUCUCCAACGCCCAGUACAGGGCCCUGGACAAGGAUCGCUCUGGUAUCCUGAAGCGGUCGACAUUUCUGCCUCGGGACCCUGUCAUGCUCACUCUGAUGACCCGGCAACAGACUGGUGAUUUUGUGUCGAGCAUCUUUGGCGAGGAGCGCGGACGCGGCUGGGCCCCUGAAUUGCGUGGGCUCCUGUCUUUGGAAUCCGUCAAGAAGGCUGGUGAACUUAAGCGAAAGCGUGACAGCGGAAUUUCUGACAUGGAUGUUCCUGCUGCCGAUAUUCCCGCUCUGGAUCUUGGUGAUGACGAAGCUAUUGCUCCUUUGGACGAAGGAAUUGGCCUGGACCUCAAUAUGCACCAACGAUCCGAAAUCGACUUCCCCGCUGAUGAUGGUAAUAUGGAUCUGCCCAUGAGUGAUGACGAUGGUAUUAUGGAUCAGUCCUCGGAGGAUCUAGAGGAUACUAUUCGCCCCGUGGACACCGAGCCUGUUUCUCUGGGCACCAAGCACGCUGUUCACAUUCUACGAGAGCGUCUCGGUGACUCUGCUACACAACAAAAGAAAGCCGUUGUUUUCCAAGAUCUUCUUCCCGAGCAGCGCUCCAGCAAAGCUGAUGCCACCAAGAUGUUCUUUGAGGUUCUGGUACUUGCCACUAAGGAUGCUGUCAAGGUGGAGCAGGGCUCGAAGUCCAUUGGUGCCCCGCUUAAGAUCCGAGGUAAAGAGGCUCUUUGGGGCUCUUGGGCCGAGGAAAAUGCCGCUGGUGCGAUGAGCCAGUUAAGCCAGGUUUUGUAA